CAUUCUCAUCAUAAACCCUUGAAAACUAAAAACCCUCGAAAUCAAUAUUCUAAAAUCUUUGGAAGACAGCACUAGCCGACGUUGCUCACCAUCUUUCCUUCUCCAUUGACCCAUCACCUGUCGUAGAAGAAUCGAAAUCGUCACCAUGAGUCUAAUCGCAGGUUCAUACGAGCGAUUCAUAUGGGGAUUCAAGCUCAAACCCCUUAAACAAAGCUCCGACGGAAAAACACUAACCCUAACCCCUUUAUUCUCUUACCCUUCCCACGUUUCCUCCAUCACCACCGUAGCCGCUGCCGGACCCGCCGCAGCUUCUGGUGGCUCCGACGACACCAUUCAUCUCUACGACUUCGCCGCAGCCUCAUCUCUCGGCUCACUCAACGAUCACACUGCCACCAUUACUUCCCUCUCGUUCUUCACCCCUCCCAGCAUCUCUUUCCCUCGCAACCUCAUCUCUGCGGCCUCUGAUGGCACCGUCUGCAUCUACGACGCGGACCCCUUUGUCCUCCUUAAGACGGUUAAGGUCCAUAAGAAGGGAAUCAACGACCUCUCCGUGCACCCUUCGGGAAGGUUGGCGCUGACGGUGGGGCGAGACGAGUGUCUUGGGAUGCUCAACUUGUUGAGGGGUAGGAGGAGCUUUUUUUGCCGGAUGGGCAGGGAGGCUAGCAUGGUGGGAUUUGAUUCUACUGGGGACAAGUUCUUUAUGGUUAUGGAUGACAAGAUUUCGAUUCAUGAGACUGAGGAUGCCAGGAUUGUCUCCGAAUUGGAGAACCAGAAGCGGGUUCUCUGCGCUGCCUCCGGCGAGAGUGGUCUUCUUUUUACUGGUGGUGAGGACCGGAGUAUUGUAGCAUGGGAUACAAACAGUGGGAAGGUUGCGUACAACAUUGAAGAUGCACAUUCUUCUCGUGUAAAAGGAAUUGUUGUGCUCACUAGGAAUGCGGGUGCUGUUGCUGAUGACGACCCUUACUUAAUAGCUUCUGCAUCAUCGGAUGGGGUUAUACGAGUUUGGGAUGUUCGUAUGGCUGUUAAUGAAAAGCCAAAUCCAUUAGCCGAGGCCAAUACAAACUCAAGAAUAACUUGUCUUGCUGGAUCUUCUCUUAAAUCAACGAAAAGGCUACGACUUGGAAGCAGUGUACCAGGAGGAGAAAAUGAUGGUGUUGCUACAGAAGACAUGACAUGAUAAAUAUGGCUAGUUUGAAAACUCCUUGUAAGGUCUUUAUAUGAAUCAUGGUAUAUAUUGCCAAGGAACCGCAAUGAGUUGAGUUUUGUCACUAAAAAAUGUUGGUUCUUGUGAUUCAACAUAUCAAUUUUGCCUAUAUAUCUAUUUGAAUUAAAAUUUAGUGUAUUAUUUCCUUCUUUCU